AUGGAGAACAAUACGACCAUCUUUCAGGAUGUCACUCAGGUUGUAAAUCUGACACAAAUACCUCUGAACCCACUCGAAGAACAAGUCAUAACAAUAUUUUUGACAAUGCUCAUUUGUGGAGUUGGGAUUGCUGGGAACAUCAUGGUAGUGCUGGUUGUUCUUCGCACUAAACACAUGGUGACCCCGACUAACUGUUACCUCGUCAGCCUGGCCGUGGCAGACCUCAUUGUGCUCCUGGCUGCAGGUCUUCCCAACAUCUCUGAUGUUGUAGCCUUCUGGAUAUAUGGCUACACAGGAUGCUUGUGCAUAACUUAUCUUCAGUACCUCGGCAUUAAUGUGUCGUCCUGCUCCAUCACAGCGUUCACCAUCGAACGAUACAUUGCUAUCUGCCACUCCAUAAAGGCACAGUUCAUAUGCACUGUUUCCCGGGCCAAGAGGAUCAUAGCUGGAGUCUGGAUCUUCACCUCGCUCUACUGCACCAUGUGGUUCUUUUUAGUGAACACAAAUGAAACUGUCUACACCAACGGGGUGGUGGUCACCUGUGGCUACCGUGUGUCCAGGAGCCUCUACAUGCCGAUCUAUUUCCUGGACUUCACUCUGUUUUACGUGAUCCCUCUCAUUGUGGCCACUGUGCUAUACGGGCUCAUUGCAAGAAUUUUGUUCAUGAGUCCAUUGCCGUCACAUCUGAAUGACCGAGCUGGAGGAGGAUCAGUUCACCAGGGUCACUCCAACAGCACAGGCAAGGCCAGCAAGGGCGCAGUCUCUGCAAGAAAACAGAUAACAAAGAUGCUGGCUGUGGUGGUCGUCCUCUUCGCCUUGCUCUGGAUGCCUUACCGAACACUGGUGGUGGUCAACUCCAUCAUCGACCCGCCUUACCACAACACCUGGUUCCUGCUCUUCUGCCGCAUGUGCAUCUACACCAACAGUGCCAUCAACCCCAUCGUCUAUAACCUCAUGUCCCAGAAGUUUCGCGUUGCAUUCAAAAAGCUCUGCAAGUGCAGCUGGCGACACAAGGAGGCCGAGUACAAUGUGCCGAUGUAUUACAGCGUGAUGAAGAACUCAACGAGCAACGAGCCAGUCACAGAGCAGGAGGAGGUCAGCGGGCACACCGCCAAAAGGUUCACCUCACCACCAACAGAUAAUGAAGCAAGCGCACUCAGCACUUCUUAA